AUGGUGGAGUCCCUCGACAGUGGUGACACUAGGACUACGGAAGAAGAAGGAGCAAAGAACGAUGAAAUUCAACCAGAGGAUGACACUCCGCAAGUUCAACUAGAAGAGGAAGGCGAUCAGCUAGAAACUGAAAAAUCCGACUUCGUCGGGAAUGGUCACCGACAUUCAGUACAAACGCGAAAGCCAGUUACCACACUAUUAUCAAUGACAGCGAGUGCAGAGAAUUUAGUGAACUUAUCGGAUCUCUUGGCAAGUGUACAUUUGCAAGACGCAGAUUUGUGGCGAACUUUAGAGGAUGUGCAACUGAAAGUGUUGGUAGAGAGUCUAGAGGGACAGUUAGAUCACGAGCUGUUAGAACAUGGAGUAAAUGUCAGUGUAGGAGAACGACAGUUAAUUUGUUUGGCUCGUGUGCUGUUACAGCAAAACAAGAUCGUCAUCUUGGAUGAGCCUAUUGCACAUGUCGACCCAGAAAUAGAACAGACAAUUUGGAACGUAGUGUGUGAGAAACUAAAGGACUCCACAGUCAUCACUAUAGCUCAUCGUUUGAACAUCGGAGAUUGCGACAUGAUUUUGGUUUUGAAAGAUGGAGAGCUUAAAAAGUCUGACAAAUUUGAUUUACUAGUUAAUAGGGAAGGAAGUGUCUUGAGCGAAAUGGCUCAAGCUGCAAAAUUUAUUAAUGUGAGUCUAUCAUUUUGA